AAGGUGCAGCUACGGUCACACUAACCCACUGCUGAUUUGUUUUCAUUAUUUCUUUUGGCUUGGCGAAUAAAUUGGGACAAAUGAGGCAUCAUUGCGGGCGAUGCGAAUUGUGACCAGCGGGCAGCAGCAGCGGCAUGCGACACCGUCACCGACACCAGCGAAGCAGCACCACCUGGCCAGCGUCGUAAGGGAUUCCCCGGAUAGUGAGCGACGGAUACGGAAACCCGAGACCGAGACCCAAAACCAAAAUUAAAACCAAAACUGAAACGGAAAGCGGAGCACCCGCAGUCGAGCAAGUGGUUCCUACAUGUCCCCCAUCCCUCGCACCCUCCGAUCCGCACAACGACACCCCCCUCCAAUCCACUUGGCCGCUCCACCUCAAUGUAAAUUUUAAUUGAAGCCAAUUGAGCGCACACACCCGAAAACACGCACCAAAAACCAAGCCGUAAUCAAACCGAAACCCUCGACCGGAGAAGGCUCCGCUGGACAAGAUUCCGCACUUAACCUGUUCAGGCGACGGCGGCGGUGGUGGCGUUGGUGGUGCAAUAAAUGGACAUAAUUGCUCUAAUUGGACAGAGCAGCAGCAGCAGCAGACGCAGCAGCAGUGGCAGUGGGAUCGUCAGUGGGAUCAGAGGAGCACCAUCACCCCCCCGGGCAAUAGGAUGGCACAAUUCACACUCUACAACAAACACAGUGCGCCGCCCAGUAGCGAUAGUACGCGCGUGGACUGCGAUCAUGUACCGCUGUGCUCCAUUAACGACGUGCAGCUAAGGUUCCUGGUGCCCGACGAUCUGACGGAGGUGCGCCAGCUGUGCCAAGAAUGGUUUCCAAUCGACUAUCCACUAUCAUGGUAUGAGGAUAUUACCUCAAGCACGCGCUUCUUUGCGCUGGCAGCUGUAUAUAAUCUGGCCAUAAUUGGUUUAAUCGUUGCCGAAAUCAAACCCUAUCGAAAUGUCAACAAGGAGGUAAUAGCCAAUAUGAGUGAUAGUGAUGAGUUGUACACCAGGCUGAGCGGUUUUCCAAUGCAGGACAAGGGCAUCCUGCCGGACUCGAUGGGCCGUUCCGCCGACGUUGGCUACAUACUCUCGCUGGGCGUCCAUCGUUCGCAUCGACGCAAUGGCAUCGGAUCGCUGCUGCUGGACGCGCUUAUGAACCACCUGACGACGGCCGAGCGGCAUUCGGUGAAGGCGAUCUUCCUGCACACGCUGACCACCAACCAACCUGCCAUAUUUUUCUACGAGAAGAGAAGAUUCACGCUACACUCAUUCCUGCCCUACUACUACAAUAUACGGGGCAAGGGCAAGGACGGAUUCACCUAUGUGAAUUACAUAAACGGCGGCCAUCCACCCUGGACACUAUUAGAUCACAUCAAGCACUAUGCGUCAAAGGUAAGGCACACCAGCAGCCUGUGUGCCUGGGUGACCGGUCGCGUCCAGCUGGUGGUGCGGUGGUUCUAUCACAAGCUGCUCACCCGCUUUAACUUCAUCGAGUGAAUCGCGACAAGGCGGAUCCUUCCGAGACACACAAGCACUUCAUCGGUGAUGAUAGCUGUUGCCGUCGCAUUAUGUCAUCCCGUCGAGCAUAGACAAACAAACAGCAACAUUAAUAGGUCCACCUGCACCCACUCACCAUACAGACACACCUUCAUUAUAAAUGUUAGGCAAUACCUCCGCAGAAUCAUUACGUUUUUAUACCGAAAGAAAGAGAAAAGGAGAAAAAGAGAUCUAUCAAGGAACAACGUCAAAAGGCAUAAGUUGAAAAUUGUAUAAUAAUUCGAUAAGUGUAUUAUUACGUUUAAAGAGAUAUCUAUCUGUUCACCGCUGUAAAUAGUCUUACGAUGUUUUGUUUGAACUGCUGUAACCGAGUGAUUUGGAAAAAUCCCCUUCUAUUUAAUGUAGCCCUUUUUUGUAUGUAUGUUUUUUUACCUCUUAAGUUCCACGCACAAGAAAGUCAUUUAGUUUAGCGAGAACCAACAACAAAGAUGCUCAUGCUUUAAUGCUUAUUUUAUGAAAUCUGCACGUAAAUAGCUUUGAACUGAGAAACGAAUUAAUGUUAUAUGGCAAAAAACCAGUUGAAUACCCAACCACGAAAACGAUAACCAUUUAAAAA